AACCUUUCAGUUACUGACCAAACACUCUAACCACUGGGCUACCUGCAGUUUGUAUGUUUUACACGGACUGUUUAAAUAAUGAACCUGGAAUGUCUUGCCAGUGUGUUUUAUGUUUAUCCUAGAUGUACUGUAAAAGGCCCGGACCCUCUCUGUGCUGUGUGAAUACACAGGUUGGCAUUUUUGGGAUGACUUGUGUACUGGAGGCAGCUCUGCAGGGACAGCUGGCACAGCCACAAUGUCAUAAAAUCGGAUUUUAAACCUAACCUUAACCGAACUGCUAACCUUAUGCUUAACCUUAAGGUUAAGCAAAAAAAAGCAUAUUUUUGUUUUCAUUAAUUUUUUACAAUGUAUAGCCAGUUUUGACUUUGUUGCUGGCUCAUUAGUAGAAAUCACCCAGCUCGGCCUCCAGGACAAGAUACAUCCCAAUAAACGUAAACUUUCUGCGCACAUGUGACCUAACAGUCAGUAGACUUCUCUUCCACCAGAGAUAAAGGCACUGACUUUGCUCCAUCCUCAUGGGGCCCGGGAUCAGCAAGCCGCACCAGGGAGGCUCUACUCCAACUACCAGCGACAGCAUGGAGAACAGACUCCUGCUCCAGGCCUCUGUGCUGCCUAAGGCCCUCUCUGUGACCUCAUGUGCAUCACUGCCCUCCUCCUGCCAGUCUCUCCAGCCCUGCAGGCUAACCUCAACCACAUCCUCCUCUCCCCCACCUCUCCACUCCUAAGCACAGAGAACCAAUUCUUAAAGAGAGGUUCACUCCUCUUCACUCAUUCCUCCUCUCUUCCCUCUCGGUCCUUUGUCCUCUUCAUACCUUUCACUCUCUAGUGGUGUCCUGCCUCCUACUGGCCUUCCUCCUCCUCCUGUUCUGGAUGAAUACUGGGAGGAUGAGGAAGGCGGUCUGCCUGUAAGGACAUGCUGCGGCAGGGUAGCCUAGUGGUUAGAGCGUUGGACUAGUAACUGGAAUGUUGCAAGUUCAAACCCCCGAGCUGACAAGGUACAAAUCUGUCAUUCUGCCCCUGAACAGGCAGUUAACCCACUAUUCCCAGGCCGUCAUUGAAAAUAAGAAUAUGUUCUUAACUGACUUGCCUGGUUAAAUAAAGGUAAAAAAAUAAAAAAUAAAUGCUGUCUUACUCUGAAGAGAUUUGUGUGGUAUGUAGCCCCAUAAGCCCAUCCCUUUCUUUCAGUCUGUUUUUGUUUGUGGUGUCCAUUCCAAUACAGUCAAUCUUUGAAAUAAAAUACAUUUGUGAUUCUCAAUUUAUUGGUUAAGUGAUUCUGAGUCCAUAUGUUUCUCUGACAAUGUAAGGUAAUGGCAGUAUACAGAAUGUGUUCUCCUUCUUCCUCAUGACAUGUCAGGAUUCUGACCAGGACAGUCUCAUGGCUGAGGAGAUUGAGGUGUCCACAGAGAUGCAUGUUCUGGACAAGGUAUUGGAUGAAGAGGAGCUGGACCAAAACAUGUCAAUUGGGGAACAGGAGUUUGGUGAGAUAGAGAGGGGAAAAGAUGAACUGAAAGACAAAAAGUACAUGGUAAAGGUUCUGCCAGAUGGCCUGACUGUGGAUGGAGCAAGGCUUCUGUUUGGCCGAGCCCCGAAACAGAAUGACGCUGGAGUUUAUGAAUAUGUGGUGAACAACGGCGUUGGGACAAGGAAAGUAGAACAUAACAUCACAGUUACAGGUAAGGGGAAAUGGGCAAAGUUACUCCUGUAUUUUGCUAAGAUCUGAACAGAAAAACAAAACACUGGUCACAUGUCUUAUUUAUUUUACUGCUGCUCUUUAAUUAUUUGUUACUUUUAUUUAUUUUUCUUAACUGCAUUGUUGGUUAAGGGCUUGUAAGUAAGCGUUUCACUGUAAGGUGAAACCUGUUGUAUUGGCGCAUGUGAUCAUUAUUUUUUUAUUUGAUGCCUCAUUAGUAAUAUUUGUAAUAUUGCUGCCCACUUGUGAUAAUAACCUGAAAUACAGAGAUCACUAAAGUUGCAACAAACCUGCAUCCUAUAUACAGUAGGGCCCUUUGUUGUCCUUUGACAGCUCUUUGGUCUUGGCCAUAGUGGAGUUUGGAGUGUGACUGUUUGAGGUUGUGGACAGGUGUCUUUUAUACUGAUAACAAGUUCAAACAGGUGCCAUUAAUACAGGUAACGA